AAGAAAAUACUUCCCCCUGAAUUUUAGGAAAGAAAGACCAAGCCUCCUCCUUCCCUUCUUCUGCAGCACAGAGAAGCUCCCCUCCAGCUUCUCUGGGGCCACAUUUGGGUCUCUCCCACCCAGUGAUUGUCUUCUCAACUUCUUGGAUCUUUCCCCUGGAAGCAAUAGCCCAUAUACAAUCUUCUCUGCCUGUCUUUUAAUCAUGGUGGCAAAGGUGGCACCCAGAAUGCAAAAGGACUUAACAGCCUGCAGCAGACAAUGAAAAGGAAAGGAAGAUUUGUGCAAAAGACACCAAUAAUAGUGGAAUGGAAAAUGCUGGGUGAGAGUGCAAAUGAAUAUUGGAACAGACUGUGACACAGUCAUACAUCUCAAUGGGAUGAGUUGCAAACCCAAGGAUCCAAGCCUAGAUCAGCAGUUACAAGAAGUUAUAAAGGGCCUUAUAAUAAGCAUCCCUUAAGAAGUGAGAUGUCAUGAACCAGAUGCUCCAAAGUUCAAUUUUCUAUAUACAAUGUACAUCAUUCCCAGAAUAAUGGACUACCUGCCUGUAAAACAAAAAAUUAUAGCUGAUUGUGAAAAACUGUGUGCCUUCACCCAUGAGACAAUGGAGUUCCCCACAUAGACAAUGGAUGCCCCAAACCCCCAUGACUAUAUUGACUGCUUCCUUUUCACAUCUGAGAAGUAGUUUCCUGGAUAUAUUUGACCAAAAGAAGAGCCUUAGAGGAAGAUGGAAGUGGCUGUAACAGGAGCUCUGUUCCUUCUCUGGGUUCUCUUCAUCUUCAUUUUCUAUUCCUUCAAAAUGUACAAGGAGAAAAGCCAGCUACCUCCAGGCCCCACUCCCUGGUUCUUCCUGGGGAACCUGCUGCAGAAAGAUGUCAUGCCUCUGAACAAAAACUAUUCAAAGCUGGUUGAGAAAUAUGGCCCUAUGUUCACAAUCUGGAUGGGACCCAAACCUAUGGUCGUGCUUUGUGGAUUUGAUGUGGUAAAAGACGCUCUGGUGGAUCAUGCUGAAGCGUUUGGUGGGCGUAUUAACAGCCCCAUCAUUGAUCGAGUGACCAAAGGCCACGGGAUAGUUAACUCUAGUGACAUAGAAUGGAGAGAGCUGCGCAGAUUCACGGUUAUGACACUGAGAGACUUUGGAAUGGGGAAGAGAUCCAUGUCUGAGAGGGUGCAGGAGGAAGCUGUGCGUCUGGUGGAGGCAUUGGCAGCCACAAAAGGACAGGGCUUUGAUCCGACAACUAGAAUCACAUCCGCUGUUUCCAAUGUGAUCUCAUCAGUCAUCUUUGGGACUCGCUUUGACUACGCAGACAAGACCUUCCUAGAGCACCAACGCAUUAUAGAAAAUGAAGUUGGCCUUUUUCGUACUAUCUUGGGGCUGCUGUACUCUGCUGUCCCUAAAAUAUUGGACUACUUUCCUGGAAGACACCAAAAGAUUUUUUCUGAUUGUGAUGAGUUGUGUGCUUUCUUCCGUGAGAAUGUGAAAGUACACAGGCAGACGCUGGAUCCUCAGAACAUCCGUGACUAUAUUGAUUGUUUCCUUAUCAAGUCUGAGAAGGAACAAAGGUGUGCUAGUGACACCUUCAGAACCGAAAACCUUGUCAUGACAGUGUUUGGACUUUUUUUGGCUGGGACAGGAACCACAAGCUUUGCCUUGAUCUCUGGCCUCAUGGUGAUGGCUAAGCUGCCACAUAUUCAAGCAAAAGUCCAACAGGAAAUUGAUGAGGUGAUGAGUGCCACCCGUGCCCCUAGCAUGGAAGAUCGUGUGAGGAUGCCUUUCACCAAUGCAGUUAUCCAUGAGAUUCUACGAUACCCACCAUCAAUUAAUGAGACCAUUCCCCGUACAACGUCUUGUGAUACCAAAUUCAGGGGGUUCACCUUCCCUAAGGGCACAGCUGUUGCUCCAAUGUUCACAACUGUGCACCGUGACCCUCUCCAGUGGGAGACUCCAGAACAGUUCAAUCCUGGACAUUUCUUGGAUGAGAAAGGCCAGUUCAAGAAGAAAGAUGCCUUAAUAGCCUUUUCGGCAGGGAAGCGGGCAUGCGUUGGGGAAGCCUUGGCGCGAAUGGAGCUCUUCCUGUUCUUCAGUACUCUGCUCCAGAACUUCACCUUCCAGCUGGUUGGAGCUGCAAAAGAUAUGGAUUUAGCCUCUUUGUUUACGGAGUUCAGAGCUAAAAAUGUCUCUCCUCUGAUGAAAGCCAUCAGACGUUCAAUGUGAUCUUGUGACAAAAGAUCACUCAUUCAACACCUCUCAGUUUCACAUAAGGGUAAUAGCCCUAGAUACCAGGUAUUAAAA